AUGAAGAAGGAAGAGAUCCACCUCCUCCUCCAAUCCACAAGAUCCUGCUGGGAUGUGAAUGUGCAACCUCAAGCCGAGCAAACAAUCGGAGACUAUGACUCUGCCGAUGCUUUCUUCACGGAUAGAAACCCUAUCCAUCCACCACUUCCUGCAAGGAAUGACUAUGAGAUCAAGCCUCAGAUCAUAGCAUUGGUUAGACAGAACCAAUUCAAUGGCCUUCCAGCCGAACAUCCUCUUGAUCACAUAGAAAACUUUGAAGAGUUUGCAGCACUACUAGAUCCAAUGGAGUCUCAGCUGACUACUUGA